UGCCGCAAGCUGGAGUUUAGACCUGACCAUACUUUUGAAGGCAAACGCCUUAAAGGUCAUGUGAUUAAAACUGUUGAUGCCAUGGAUACGAAUUUCUGUGAACUGCAGUGCUACCUGGAACCAAGCUGUCUCAGUUUUAACUUCAUGAAAUCAGCGAAGAAAUGCCAGUUAAACAAUUCGACUUUUGAAAGACAAAAGAACAAACUGGAGAAGAAUAUGGAUUUCAUAUACAGUGGUGCCAAGGUGAGAGCACAUUGUGUAGUUCCCAAGAAUAUCCAUACCCCCCUACGGAGGGCACUUUUGCUUUAGAUCCCCCGCCCCUGGGAUUUCCAAUCCAGGGGGUGCAUGUCAUACCCUUUGCCUUUGGAAUUUUUCCUGAAGUUCCUUCUUGGUAGGGUAGCCCCUGGAAAGAAUAUUUUCUUCAAAAAUGCUUUUUCACUAUAUUAUUAGGCGAAAUGUAAUUGUCUCUGCGAUAAAGUAAGGAAAUAUCUUUUUACUGAUAGCAAGUUAAUUCAUGAGCCGAUGACAAAAAGCCGCGAAAAAAGCGUUCCACAGCCGACGGUAAUUAAAAGGUCCUCAAUGAAAACAAUAAUUCUUGUUUUAAAAAGGCCGGUUACCAGUAAAAAUAAAAACAGAUAGCUUGCUCCAAAUAGUAGCUGUGAGUUUUUAAUAACUCACCAAUCUUACUUGGAGCUACUGGAAAAAAGUCGUCAAAAGGCACUCCCUUCAUAACUUACGUACACUUUUUAAACUUUUUAGCCGACUGUAACUUGCGGACUGAUCACUCCCCUCCCCCAAAAUUUAUGGCUUAAUGUCAAGGUGAGCGGGCUAUGAUAGCGAGCGGGGGGGACGAGGUUCCACUACCAAGAUGUUUAUUAUAUUAUCAGUUCCGUUUUGUGGAACAAGCAAAGGAAGCAGACAAAAGCGCAAUUACAACCCAUCACCCACAUAACAUUGGUCAUGCGACAAACAAAUAUUAGGCUGAUUUAGCAGCAGUAGGGGAACGUCUGUUGACGUCGGCGCGGGAAAAUCAAACAAAUUGGCUUGACUAAUGGAGGAGGGGCAAAUUGGGCACUGGAAGUCGAGUUCACUCCUUUCCGCGCCCUUUCCCGUCCUCAAAUGACGUUCCCGUUCUGUUGCUAAAUCAGCUUAUUCUCGGAACGGCGGACAAUAACAUAUUUUCACCGAUGGUGCCUAGCGCGCGCAUCUUCGACGUGCACAGCUCCCCAAUAACUCGCGUGUGCUUUUUUGAGUAGAAGAAACUCAGCCUAGUCCAUAGGCGUUCUCGGCGCGGUCAAUCUUGGACUCUACCGUGAGCUGUGACGUGACCGAGAGAUACUCGCCGAGACUUUCCCAGACUUCGCGCGGACAAGGAACCAAGACAGAACGACUAGAGACUAGGCUGGAAGAAACUAACUGACACUCUUGAAGGUCACGUGAAAUUCUUUUGCAGGAUGCCUGUGCGAAGAAACCUUGCAAAAAUAACUCCACCUGUCAAACCGGUUUUACACACAAAGGAUACCGCUGUAUAUGUACUGCUGGAUUCAAAGGACAGCGUUGUGACCAGGGUACGUUUAAUGCACACGAUUUUUGA